AUGACCUCCGUUCAAGGUUCAGCAGAAAACCCUGACAUUCGAAGACUGCGUCAGCGUCUCGAUCAACAUAAUUAUCGAGAGAAUUUUACUCCAGAGUCGACACUACUUGUGCAAAGACUCUUUGACGACUUAUGUUCAACAAUUGAAAACUGUCAACUGUUUAAAAAAGACUGUAAGAAUUUGGAACGAGAGAAAUUGGAAGUCGAACCACUUCGUCGCUCUGUAUCUUGUCUUACCAAAGAAAACAAUCAACUUCGUGUAGAAGUUAUUCAUGCGGCUGAUUUACGAGAUAAAGAACAAAUUGAGCGACAGCAUCUCGUUCGUAAAUAUGAAGAUGAGAUCGCCGAAUUGAAGUUUAUGGAUUCUCAAUAUAUGAAUAAAGCCCAGGAAGCAGAGAAGAAAUUAGAAUCCGAGAAAAAACGGAUCGAUGCAAUGCUGAGAGCAUUUGAUAGUGACAGUGGGCAGGGAAAAGGUCGAAAACCAAAAUCCGCAUCAUCUUGGGAACCGAUUGUCCCUGAACAGAUUGAAAUUGACGUCCUUCUUGAAAAAAUGCCCGAAGUUUAUAAACCAUGUACUCCAGAUCCUAAAAUAGCAGACAUAGUAAAUAUAAGUCAUCAACGAAUCGAAGAACUUGAGAGAUUCAAUAAAGAUCUCAGCGACAAUCAAAAGGAACUUGAAGAGCAGAUAUCGAAUCUUGAAAACCAAAUUACAACACGAGAACAAGAAAUUGCACGGCUUGGUUCUCUUCUCGUGACCAAACGCUCGGAUAAUCCACUUGAUAAUGUUGGUGAUAUCCCCACCGAAUCCGCUUCUGCAGAACAAUUGAACUCGAAAAUCCAACAAUUAGAGAUUCAAAAGGAAUAUCUACAAGAACAUAUUCUUAAUCUCGAACAGGAUAAGAGUAAACUUGAACAGGAAAGGGAUUCCAUCGAAGAAGAAUAUAAAAAGGAAAAAAUGACAAUCAUGGACGAAUUGAGAGUAGUUAAGAAUCAAUCACAACAGAUCUAUAAAGAUAUGGAAAAUCUUGAGUUGUUGGUCGAUGACUUAAAUGGAUUGCAUUCUCACAUUUGUAAAAAAGGCAAGAAGAAACCGAAGGAUUCAACUGGCGAAACUUCUUCUGAUGAUACCAAUAACGAAAAGAAUAAACCUGACAUUAAAGAUUAUAUCAGAUCGAUUUAUAGUGGGCUAAAAAGUGCUAACGAUCAACUAAGGACAGACUUCGAUGGUGUAUUUCAUGAGAAUGAUAACCUCAAAACGGCUCUCGAUAGCACUAAAAAGGAAAUUGAACGUAUAACAAAAGAGUUGAAUUCAACAAAAGAACGAUUAAAAAAAUUACAAUCAGCUGCCCAACAAAAGAAUAAUAAUCAGAAAGGUUCAAAUGCCAAUAUUGAAGCUUUGCAGGCUCAGAAUAAGGCUUUAGAAUUUGAAGUAGCCAAAAUGAAAUCAAAAAUACAGGAAUUGGGCUUAAAUAACUUGAAUAAUCAGCAUGCCGCUAUUUCUAAUGUUCAGAAUGGACCCAAUAAAAAUCUUACCCAGGAUCUUGCUGCCAUGAAAAAAGAGCGAGCUGAGUUAUCUAAUCGAUUAGAGGAAUGCAAAAAGCAGAUUGAGGCUCUUAAUAACCAAUUAAAAGAGGCCCAUGAAGAAAUCGAAAUGGUCAGCGGCGAUCGACAGAAUCUUGAGGAGCUUUACAAACAAUUGAAUCAAGAGUUACAAAUCGCAAGGCAUUCACUGUCGCCAGCUUUACAUCAGUCGUGUAAUAAGAAAUUAGCAGAGGUUCAAGCCCAGUUGAACAAUGCCCAAAAUGAAAUCCAAAAUUUAGAUCACGAUAGGAAAAGUCUAGAACAGUUGUAUCAACAGGUUUGUCAAGAAUUGCAAGUACUUCAACAAAUCACUACGGAAAAUAAACCAAUACAUCCGGAUGGUUUUGAUCUUAACAAGCAGCAAUCUAAUAAUAUUAGACCACCGAACUUAUUUGAUCAAAGUGGCAUACAGCAAGCUAAAGCUACACUUAAAAGAAUGGAAGAAGAGAUGAAUACUGUCAGAGAUCGAUUUCAAAAAGUCAAUGCUCGAAUGAUUGACGGAGGACGAACUUUGGAUGCUGUCAACCGAGAAGCUGAAAAAUUAAAACUUGAGCGAGAUCAAUUAACAGCCGAACUUGAGGCUAAUAAACAAUCAAGCAAACAAUUUACCGAGGUCUUGGCCGAGAGAAAUAAAAUUUACUCUGAACUACAAAAUAAAGAAAAUCAAGUGCAAUAUUUGAGUGAACUAAUAGCAAAGAAGGACCAAGAAAAAGAGAAUUUAAUGAAUUCAUAUAGUAAAUUAUUGGUGGAACAUCGGAAACAAAAUGAGAUUCUAAAAAAAUUAACGGAAGAAAGUAAUAAAAUAAAACAUUUGAAUGAACAAAUAGCGCAAAAAGACCAAGAAAAAGAGAAUUUAAUGAGUUCUUAUCGUAAAUUAUUGGCUGAACAUCAGAAACAAGAUGAGAUUCUAAAAGAGAGUAAUAAUUUAAAAAUGGAAAUUCUGAUACGAGAUAAGCGUGUUCAACAAUUACAAAAAGCUUUGGACGAAUGUUCAACAGAGAUCCAACAAUACAAAACUGACCUUGCGAGCUAUGAAAAACAGUGUGACAUAUUAGCCAGAACGUUGCAGACAUUAGACUCGGAUUAUGCAAAUUCAGAGAAAAAGCGUCCUUUAUCUUUUGGCGCGGCUCUUUCUUCUAAAAAUUUGUAUACGAAAAAUACCACGACUUUGAACUAUCAGAUCUUUACAGAAAAUCUUGGUCAAAUGCAACAAGAGAACAAUCUGAAGAAAACAAUAGAGAAUCCCGAGAAUUCUACUCGUAAACGACAAAAUGAUUUUUUUAAUGAAAAUCUUGCAUUUGAGAAUAAUUUAAAGAAUUAUGAAAAGAAUAAAGGAAAAGCAGUUGAUGUAGAACUAGGUAAUGAAAAUCAUAAGGAAAAGGAAAAUUAUCUCUUUGGUGAUUUUUUUUCAAAUAAGAAUUUCGCAGAUCAUAAUACUAAUAACCUUUUUACAUAUGAACAGCUGUCAGAUAACAAUGUUAUUUCCAAACAGCAAAUUCCAUUAAAACAACAAACUAAUCAAUAUCCAUUCACGGUGGGAUUGAUGUCUGGUAUUCAUGGUAGUGACUUCGAACAACAUAAGUCGAAAGCCAAGGAAGAAAAAUCACCGAUAGAUCAAUUCUCGGCUCAUAAAACUUUUCCCAGUUUCUCCAAGCAAUUCUCCUCUACCGAGAUCCAUACUCAGACAAACACCAAAAACGCGCAAUUAUCUCAAAUGCGUGAAGUGAGAUUUUUGAAUGAAGAAAAUAAACGAUUAAUGGAUGUUAUAGAACAGACUAAAAAUGAUCUUGAACGUUACAUAGGAGAAUAG